UACAGACUGCUGGGCUGGCUGGGGGCAGUUUGGAGGAGGGAACAAGAAGUAAGGCAGGAGGAGGCACUAUUAAUGGAUCUGCGAACUUGUACGCUGUUUUAGUGUGGUCCUUGGAAGAUAGCACAACGUGGAUCUGUACUCUGAAAUGCAGUAAUUUUGAUGUUUGACUUUGUCUUCCUUCUUGGAAGAGAAGAUACUAUUAACUCAGUGUCAAAGCCAAGAUAUAGACUCGAUCUCUUCUCUUCAAAAAGCUUCACGUGGGGACAUGGAAGCCAUCGCCAAGUUUGACUUCACCGCCUCAGGCGAGGACGAACUGAGCUUUCACACUGGAGACGUUCUGAAGAUCUUAAGUAACCAAGAGGAGUGGUUCAAGGCGGAGCUUGGGAGCCAAGAAGGAUAUGUGCCCAAGAAUUUUAUAGACAUCCAGUUUCCUGAAUGGUUUCAUGAAGGUCUCUCACGACACCAGGCAGAGAACCUACUUAUGGGCAAGGAGAUUGGUUUCUUCAUCAUCCGGGCCAGCCAGAGCUCCCCAGGGGACUUCUCCAUCUCUGUCAGGCAUGAAGAUGACGUUCAGCACUUCAAGGUCAUGAGAGACAACAAGGGUAAUUACUUCCUAUGGACAGAGAAGUUUCCAUCUCUAAAUAAGCUGGUGGACUACUACAGGACGACUUCCAUCUCCAAACAGAAGCAGAUCUUUCUGAGGGAUAGAACCCGAGAGGAUCAGGGUCACCGGGGCAACAGCCUGGACCGGAGGCCCCAGGGAGGCCCGCACCUCAGUGGGGCUGUGGGAGAAGAAAUGCGGCCUUCCAUGAUCCGGAAGCUGUCGGACCACCCGGCACCGCCUCCCUCGCAGUACCCCCCGGCACCCCCAGCCCAGCAGCACCGCUAUCUGCAGCACCCCCACUUCCACCAGGACCGCCGAGGAGGCAGCCUUGACAUAAACGAUGGGCACUGUGGCAUGGGCGUGGGCAGCGAAAUGAACGCCGCCCUCAUGCACCGGAGACACACGGACCCUGUGCAGCUCCAAGUGGCCGGGCGAGUGCGGUGGGCCCGGGCACUCUACGACUUCGAGGCCCUCGAGGACGACGAGCUGGGCUUCCGCUGCGGAGAGGUGGUCGAGGUCCUGGACAGCUCCAACGCGUCGUGGUGGACUGGCCGCCUGCACAACAAACUGGGCCUCUUCCCCGCCAACUACGUGGCACCCAUGAUCCGAUGAGGCCCUUCCCGGGGCCUCAGAGGCUGUCAUCGGAAGCUGCCUGCGGGAGAGGGGCAAGGAAGAGAAGCCGGGACUAUCUACACAUACG